UCGUCCACUCACACCUCGACCAUUGCCAUACAAACACCUUCGCAUCUCUUCGUCGCACCUCCCUUCAACCGCCCAUCAUGAACGUUGACGAUGUCGAGGACCGCGAUGGUAUCCGUCUCUCAUGGAACAUCUGGCCCUCGAACCGCGCAGAGGCAACUCGCACCGUGGUACCAGUAGCCGCCCUCUACACCCCGCUCAAGGAGAGAGAGGACCUACCCCCUGUCCUCUAUGAGCCAGUCACCUGCAAGGCACCCUGCCGAGCUGUACUCAACCCCUAUUGUCAAAUCGAUGUACGGGCCAAGCUCUGGAUCUGCCCAUUCUGCAUGUCUCGCAAUGCUUUCCCACCUCACUACCGAGACAUCUCCAACACCAACCUCCCUGCUGAGCUCCUUCCCAAGUAUACCACCAUCGAGUACACCCUCUCGCGUACCUCGCCUACCCCACCCAUCUUCCUCUACGUAGUAGACACCUGCCUCGAUGAAGACGACCUCAAGGGACUUCGAGAAGCCCUCGUGGUCAGUCUCAGUCUCCUGCCACCCAAUGCCCUCGUAGGUCUCAUCACUUUUGGUACCAUGACUCAGGUCCACGAGCUCGGCUACGAGGCCUGCCCCAAGUCAUACGUAUUCCGAGGAACAAAGGAGUACGCUCCCAAGGCCAUUCAGGACAUGCUCGGUCUCACUGCUGGAACAGCUCCUCGACCUGGCAUGCCACCUCAGGCUGGUGGGCCAUCCCAGCCUCCCCAAGGGGCUGCUGGCGCCAGAUUCGGCGCAGCUCGAUUCCUGCUUCCCGUCAGUCAGUGCGAGUUCCAGUUGACCAGCAUCCUAGAGCAGCUGCAAAAGGACGCCUGGCCAGUAGCAAACGACAAGCGAGCUCAGCGUUGCACGGGGACAGCCGUAGGCGUAGCUGUCGGUCUCCUCGAGACCACUUUCCCAAACACUGGAGCUCGUGUCAUGCUCUUCUCGGGUGGAGCCUGCACGGAAGGACCAGGAAACGUCGUCUCCACCGAGCUCCGUGACCGUAUCCGAUCUCACCACGACAUUGACAAGGACAAUGUCAAGUACUACAAGCGAGCCCUGAAGUUCUACGAUGCCCUUGCUCGUCGCUCCGCUCAGAACGGACACGCCAUUGACAUCUUCAUUGGAGCUUUGGACCAAGUGGGACUGUUGGAGAUGAAGGCACUGGCUAAUGCGACAAACGGAAACAUGAUCUUGGCCGAUAGCUUCCAGAUGGGUAUCUUCAAGCAGAGUCUGCAGAAGAUCUUUGCCAAGGACGAAAAGGGAGAUCUGUUGAUGGGAUUCAACGCGACGUUGGAUGUUCAGACGACAAAAGAGCUCAAGGUCUCUGGCCUCAUCGGACACGCUGUUUCAGCCAACAAAAAGUCUGGCUGCGUUUCCGAGACCGAGAUCGGUAUCGGAGGAACCUCGGCGUGGAAGCUGUGCUCCAUCACUCCGCAAACCUCUCUGGGUACUUACUUCGAGGUGGUGACACCGGCUGGAACAGUUCUGCAACCAGGGGCUCGAGGUCUGAUCCAGUACGUCACGCACUACCAGCACUCCAGCGGUACCUACCGCUUGCGCGUUACUACAAUGGCCCGCAACUUCGCUUCUGAAGCAAGCGGUGGUACACAGCUCCUUGCUGGAUCCUUUGAUCAGGAAGCAUCGGCAGUACUCAUGGCUCGUAUCGCCGUCUUCAAGGCGGAGAUCGACGAUUCGCCGGAUGUGCUACGAUGGCUGGAUCGGAUGCUUAUUCGCCUUUGCCAGCGCUUUGCCGAUUAUCGCAAGGACGACGCAACGAGCUUCAGAUUACAGGACAACUUCUCCAUUUACCCUCAGUUCAUGUUCCACCUGCGCCGAAGUCAAUUCUUGCAGGUGUUCAACAAUUCGCCAGACGAGACGGCUUACUACCGCCAUGUCAUGAAUGUGGAGGAUGUGAACAACUCCCUGAUUAUGAUUCAGCCAACUCUGAUGUCGUAUGGUCUAGAGUCAGCGCCUCAGCCCGUCUUGUUGGACUCGGUGUCCAUCAGGCCCGACGUAGUCUUGCUCUUGGACACCUUCUUCCACGUCUUGAUCUUCCACGGUACGACGAUCAAGGAGUGGCGCAAUGCAGGUUACCAGGAUCAAGAAGGCUACGAGAACUUCAAGGAGUGUCUAGAGAAUCCAAAGGCCGACGCGGCCGAGCUGCUAGCGGACCGUUUCCCCAUUCCGCGAUACAUCGUCUGUGACCAGGGUGGGUCUCAGGCUCGCUUCCUGCUCAGCAAGCUCAACCCUUCGACUACGCACAUGAGUGGAGGAAUCUAUGGCAAUGGACAGGGAGCGGGAGGAGCGGCCAUCUUCACCGACGAUGUGUCGCUGCAGGUGUUCUUGGAGCACCUGAAGAGGCUGGCCGUGGGUGCUCAGACCAACUAAGGGUGCUGUGAGCGUAGCGAGUGCAAGGAAGCCAUGGGUGGGCUGCCCUUGGCGGAAGGGAACGCCCUGCGCCUGUUUGCAUCAAGACUUCGCUGCGCCGCCACGCCCUCGUUGGGUACUCUUGUCCCCGUCUUUGUCUCUCCACCAAUAUCAGACUGCUUUUCACUCUCGUCAACUCUGCCUUGUUUGCUGAAUAGCUUUGGAGUGGUUGAAUUUAAUUGUUUCGCGUGACCAG